AGUGAAAACAACCCACCUCUACUCAUACACAAGUGAAAUAAGAAAUUUUUUUGACAAAAAGUUCUUAAAGUCAGUGAAAAAUAAAAAUUGAAAAUCAACAAAUUAAGUUGUUCAAAGUGAUAAAUAAUUAUACCAAAAUGGCAUUACUACCACUGUUGAUUGAAUUGAACGACGAAUUGUCCCAACCAUCAUUUAGCCGUUGGAACAACUUUGGUCGUGGAAUCUAUUCGCACGAAUUGGAUUCGUUCCCGUCGCUUUUGAACCAAUACUACACCGGCUAUCAGCGAUGUCCCCGACUCCGCAAUUCCGGUGAUUCUGCUAACGUUCCCAAGUCAUCGAUCGGAAAGGACGGUUUCCAAGUGUGCAUGGAUGUCCAACAAUUCGCGCCGAAUGAAAUUUCCGUGAAAACUGUCGACAAUACCAUCGUGGUUGAGGCGAAGCAUGAGGAACGCCAAGAUGAACACGGCUACAUUUCACGUCAAUUCAAGCGUCGUUAUGCCCUUCCGAAAGGAUUCAACAUCAAAGACGUGGUCACUCAAUUGUCGUCCGAUGGCAUUCUAACCAUUAAAGCUCCGCCAGAGGUGAAGGCAGUCGAUGAAGGAAAUGUACGCGUCCUGCAAAUUCAACAGACCGGUCCAGCUCGUUUGAACAGCGGUAACAAGGAUAGUGGCAAAUUAAGUGAGGAGGAGCAGGCUGAGGUACCAAAGAAAUAAACUGC